UCCGAGCAUAGCAUCCACACCCAGAUAAGAAGCCUGGAGGCCUCAGACUGCUGGGGAGAACCUGAGCCAGCUCCGCUCCCUGCUAAGCAGUCAGCAGGACAAUGUGGGCCCGCUUCUCCCGGGCUCCUCCUCGCUGCACCUGGUGACAUACCACAACAGCCCUGCAGCCCCUCCUUAGGGCCCAAGAUGUCCCCUGGGGCCUUCUGGGUGGCCCUGCUCUUGCUGUUCCUGCUGGUCUGUCCCACACACCAGAAGCCGCUGCAGGACUGGGUCCAGCCAUCCCCCGGGGGAAACGCCCGCAGCUCACUGGGGUUGUCUGGAGGUGGAGAGGAGGGUGUCUUUGACUUGAAGAUGUUCCUGGAGAACAUGAAGGUGGACUUCCUGCGCAGCCUCAACUUGAGCGGCAUCCCCUCCCAGGACAAAACCAGAGUGGAGCCACCCCAGUACAUGAUCGACCUGUACAACAGGUACACGACCGACAAGUCGUCCACUCCGGCCUCCAACAUCGUUCGGAGCUUCAGUGUGGAAGAUGCUAUAUCAACAGCUGCCACAGAGGACUUCCCCUUCCAGAAACACAUCCUACUCUUCAACAUCUCCAUCCCUCGGCACGAGCAGAUCACAAGGGCUGAGCUCCGCCUCUAUGUCUCUUGCCAAAAUCACGUGGACUCCACUCGUGGGCUGGAAGGAAACAUGGUUGUCUAUGAUGUUCUGGAUGGAGAUGACUCUUGGGAUGGUGCCUCGGGGACCAGGACCUUCUUAGUAUCUCAGGACAUUCAGGAUGAAGGCUGGGAGACCUUGGAAGUAUCGAGUGCUGUGAAGAGAUGGGUCAGGGCAGACUCCGCCACAAACAAGAAUAAGUUAGAAGUCACAGUGGAGAGCCAUAGGAAGGGCUGUGACACACUGGACAUCAGCGUCCCACCAGGUUCCAAAAACCUGCCCUUCUUUGUCGUCUUCUCCAAUGACCGCAGCAACGGGACCAAAGAGACCAGACUGGAGCUGAAGGAGAUGAUCGGCCAUGAGCAGGAGACCGUGCUUGUGAAGACAUCCAGGAGUGGUUUCCAGGAAGCAGGCGAGAGCCAUGAGGAGGAGGAAGCAGAUGGGCACACAGCUGUGGGACCUUUCUUAGCUAGAAGGAAGAGGAGCACUGGGGCCAGCAGCCACUGCCAGAGGACAUCACUCAGGGUGAACUUUGAGGACAUAGGCUGGGACAGUUGGAUCAUUGCACCCAAGGAAUACGAUGCCUACGAGUGUAAAGGAGGUUGCUUCUUCCCACUGGCUGAUGAUGUGACACCCACAAAGCAUGCCAUUGUGCAGACCCUGGUGCAUCUCAAGUUCCCCACGAAGGUGGGCAAAGCCUGCUGCGUUCCCACCAAACUGAGUCCCAUCUCCAUCCUCUACAAGGAUGAUAUGGGGGUGCCAACCCUCAAGUACCACUAUGAGGGAAUGAGUGUGGCGGAGUGUGGCUGCAGGUAGUCCCUGCAGCCACUUGGGGUGGGGAUGAAGGAUAGGGAAGAGGUCCUGAUAGGGUCCUGCAACCCCCCCGGGCACAACAGGGUCUAAGAUGAUCUGAAACCAUCCUGGAGAAGGAAAAGAAUCACUCGCCCUUCUUGUCUCCAGUGACUUGUCUUCUCUUGUCUCCUCUGCUGAACUGUCAUUAACUGGGGUAUACGGUUAUGUGGGCAGAAUAGGAGACCCUGGAAAGGUUAGUGGGUAGAAAGGAAAUGAUGAAAAAGAAAUGGGAGGAAGAGGGAUGGGGGAAUAGCAGAAAAGUAAGCAGAAACCAGCAGAAGAUGCAAGUGACGUGUAUGGAGUCAUGGGAGUUCUAGGGUCCAGGAAGCAGAGACAUGGAGGAAGGAAAGGAAGAGGUAGGCUCCAUCCUUCAUUUCAUGUUAUUUUCCACACCCCACUGAGAUGUGCACUGUGACCUCUGAUUGUCAGUUGUAGAGAUCAAAACUCAGCAAGCAAGUUUUGAUAACUCGGUGGUGGGAGUCUGCCCUGAGUGUGGGAGCCCUAAAGCCUGGGACCUUCCAAAGCACCUCAGUUUAACAGAUCACUGGGUACUUAAGGAGUCAUUAGAUGUGGAAGACCCAGCAUGGGGCCAGGCAGGGCUGAGCCAAGUCCAUACCCACCGCUUGCUGUGCCCCAGUAUGAUCUGCUUACUCCAUGCCCAUGCUCACCCUGUGAUGUCUGACCAAACCCCACCCCUGAGUAAAUAUCCCCAAGCAAGCACAGAAUGGACAGGCCAUUCAGGACCUCCCCUCUGAUGCUCGCUGUGAUUUGAUCGGAUUUCACUACUAGGCCAGUUCUCAUGUGUUUCGGGGGUCAUGUAAGAGCACUUGCAAUCCUUUAUUCCAAUUCUGGGACCAUCGGGAGAGACUACCUAUGACUUGGGCCUCUGAAAUGGUCUACUCUGGACAACUGCCCAGGCAGGAACAUCUCCUGCCUGGGGACUCCACAGAGGACAAGGCAGGGUUUGGAUCUGUUGGGACCAAAUGUGCUAUUGGUUAACUAUUUGAAGCUUGCCUAUUUGCCUUCCUUGGUGACUUGCAUUCAAAUGAUGAGAGGUCCGGCCUUACUGGGUGCGGUGUCCCAGCGUGUGAAGACAGUCCUGUUGUUCACCUAAUGCCAUUGACUCUACCAGCAGCUGCCAGCUUCCUUGAGUACUGUGUUCCCCAAGGAGGACAGUGUUUCCAUUCCUGUGCCUCAGCCUCUCACCCGACUCUCCUGGUGGUUCAUAGGACUGGAUGGGGUGAGGAAGAGCCUUAUGCCCUCAGCCAGGCAGGGCCCAGAGGGGAAGAUCUGGACUACUCUCAUUGAUUGAUGUUCCCACAUAAUUUAAAACAAUGAACUACAUUAAAUUACAUGGAAUCAAUGAACGUCUUUAACACAAACCACAAUUAAGUACUAUUGGUAGAGUUGAAGAAACGAUAAAUUCCUGAGCCAUGCCAGGCAGUGUGGCAUGGCAGUGUUAUUUCCAGGCGGCGGUGGGUAGUGAUGUCUUCUCUAGGUCCUAGUGAUGGUUCUCUGUGCAUGAGGAAAAAAAAAUACUUAGAAAUCAAGUCUAAUGUCUGGUAUGUGUCUUUCCUUAAUGUGAGGUCAGAGUUGAGGCCUCUCCAGUUCCCCAGCCCUGCCCACCUGCCUGAUUAGCCCCUAGGAGAUGUUCCAACACUUUACCUGGGGUUCGGGAGUCAGGCAGGAGGAACAUAGAGCCUCCACAGGGUAAAAGAGUAUGAUAUCUGCACAAUGGGGUCAGCGAACGCAUUUGUGUGUGUGUGUGUGUGUAUUUGUGUGUGUAUUUGUGUGUCUGUGUGUAUGUAUGCUGGUAUGAGCAACUAUGUGGACAGAAGUUUGCAAGAAGUUAGCUUCCCCACUUUAUCUCUUCCCCAACACACACAGAUACACACAUCAGAGCAGAACAUCUCUCUCCAGGAGACAGAAGACCUUAGUUUAUCUCCACCCAUUGCCCAAGCGUGUCUCUGCCAGUAUCUGUCUACCAUGCUCAAAGCCCUUCUCUCCAGACUAACUCUACUCUCAAGCUCACCCCGUUCUCCUUCCCUAGGCCAAUGUCCUGCCCAUUCCCACCCCCAAUUUCUAGCUGCACAACCCACAUGUCAUCACCUGUGAGGGAGACCCCAAGCUCUAGUACCACUCACUCUGGCCUACUGGGUGCUCCAGCUCUGGAGAGUGUCAGUCCUGACUCAGGGGAGCAUCUCCCCCAUUCAAGGCCUCCACAGAAGACAAAUCUGGGUCUGGUGUCCCUUACAGAAAACCAUGAAGUCUGACUUUGGUAUUAUAAAAAAUGGACACUAGGUAGGUGCUCCUCUGCAUGUGUUUGCAUCUCAGAUCCUGUCUCCACAGCCGCCAUGGAGGACUUCCCUUUCCAGAAACACAUCCCAGUCUUCAGCAUCUCCAUCACCAGGCACGUGACAAUUUGUUACACAGUUCUAAGACCCAGCACGGGGAGCUGAUAUGACUCCUGGCUUGGGUGCCUCAUGGUCAUGAGUCCUCAGGUAAGACCAUAAGCCUUUUGCUUUGGUCACUUCUGGAGAGCCACAUGCUCUGUUGUCACAGGACAAACUGAUGUGGGCCAGUACACAAUAACAGGACAUACAAGGAGAGACUCACGGUGGGUCUCUGGCUUUCAUGCCACUGGAUUAUUUUUUCAUGGCAUUUAUCAAAACUUGCUCACCUGCCGCCCCGGGUUGAAACACAAUACAGCCAUUCUCUGGUCACUAACAUGGUCGGUUAACCCACCUGCAGUGCUAUAUUGGGCAUAGCUCCUAAAGCACCCUCUAUAUAUGGUACAGAGGUCACUGUGAUGUUCGUGGAGAUGCUGAAGCCAUGGAAGGAGAUUGCUGUCCUUCCACUGCUCAUGGAGAAGCCACCUUCUACCUCUGUCCCAGGAACAAGGGGAGAGAGCUGAGAAAAUGUGCCAGACACAUGGGCAGAGGGACAAAUCUCUGGAAGUGGUUUCAGGCCUCGUCAAUCUAGGCAGACAGAAUCUGUGCUUUGCUGCAGAGUACCUGCCCUGGGGUCUGACGACCCUGUCAUCUCUGUCCUAAUAUGUACCAAGGAAGACCACAGGGUCUCUCCAAUCUGUGAGUCAUAGGCAGUGAAACCACCCAUCUCUCAAAGACCAGCUAGGUGUAUCCACAUGGCACCCCCAUGGGAAACAGCUGGAAGACAUGCCAUUCUCUGCCUUGCACGGCCCCAGCUUUGCCUUUAACAAGAAUAGCAAGGAGACACCUCAGGUGAUUUGCACCAAGUUUAGAACCCCUUUCUCUUUGGAUAGCAGUCUGUGCUUUGUAAGUGAUCACUCUAGACAGCCAUGUGCUUGCCUUAGCUUUCCUUGGACUCAUCCUGCUCAGAUGAUUACUGUUCGCCAGACAAUGAACUUGUUCCACUACUACACAUCCCUGCUCUCAGAAAAAUGUUCCCACUAUCAGUCUCUGCAGCAUCCUCUCACCUGCAUCCCUUUGGACUUGGUUUUCCUGUAGUCCUGAUAAUUCCUAACAUAGGAACGUCUGGACAGGAGCUGUAGAAGCCCCUUUGCUAUAGCUGAUAGAUUGAAUGGUGUGCAGGUUUAAAGGGGGCCGGGGGCUCCUGUAGUCUAUGU